GUUCCCGGGUCGGGCAGCUAGAGAGCAGUGCAGGGAGCGGAAUCCCGGCCGAGGAGCCCGUGCGCGGCGGCGGCGGCGGCGGCGGCGGCAGCGGCGGCAGUGGAGCUCCCUUCCUGUCGGGGGCGGCUCUGGGCCGGAGGCCGUGAGAGGAGCCGAGCGGCGGCGGAGGCCCCGGCCGGCUCCCCUCCGCUGCUCCCCUCCUCUUUCUCCCAUGGCGGAGACUAAAAUCAUCUACCACAUAGACGAGGAGGAGACGCCGUACCUGGUGAAGCUGCCGGUGCCGCCGGAGAAAGUCACUCUGGCCGAUUUCAAGAAUGUGCUCAGCAACCGGCCCGUGCACAGCUACAAGUUCUUCUUCAAGUCCAUGGACCAGGAUUUCGGGGUGGUAAAGGAGGAGAUCUCGGACGACAACGCAAAGCUCCCUUGCUUCAAUGGAAGAGUGGUGUCCUGGCUGGUCCUGGCUGAAAGCUCCCACUCUGACACCGGCUCCCAGUGCACCGAGAGCCACACAGACCUUCCUCCUCCCAUUGAGAGAACCGGCGGCAUUGGAGACUCCCGACCUCCCUCUUUCCACCCCAAUGCUGCCAGCAGCCGGGAUGGCCUGGACAAUGAAACAGGGACAGAGUCAGUUAUCAGUCACCGGCGAGAGAGGCAUCGGCGGAGAAAUAGAGAAGGGCACGAGGAUGUCCCUCGGAUCAAUGGCCAUCCAAAACUGGACCGGCACCGUGAGCACCCUCCUGGCUAUGACAGCUCUUCGACCAUGAUGAGCAGUGAGCUAGAAUCCAGCAGCUUCAUCGACUCUGAUGAUGAUGACAACACAAGCAGGUUGAGUAGCUCCACUGAGCAAAGUACUUCAUCCCGGCUCAUCCGGAAGCAUAAACGCAGGAGGAGGAAACAAAGGAUGCGGCAGAUUGACAGGUCAUCUUCGUUCAGCAGCAUCACUGAUUCCACCAUGUCCCUAAACAUCAUCACUGUCACCCUCAACAUGGAAAAGUAUAACUUCCUGGGAAUCAGCAUUGUAGGACAGAGCAAUGACCGGGGUGAUGGUGGCAUAUACAUUGGCUCUAUUAUGAAAGGAGGAGCUGUGGCAGCAGAUGGCCGAAUUGAACCAGGAGACAUGCUUCUGCAGGUGAAUGAUGUCAACUUUGAGAACAUGAGCAACGAUGAUGCAGUUCGGGUGUUACGGGAAAUAGUCUCCAAACCAGGACCUAUCAGCCUAACAGUAGCCAAAUGCUGGGACCCUACUCCCAGGAGUUAUUUCACCAUCCCCAGGGCUGAACCAGUGAGGCCAAUUGACCCUGCAGCGUGGAUCUCUCAUACCACAGCCAUGACGGGAGCGUACCCCCGUUACGGUAUGAGCCCCUCCAUGAGCAUCACCACAUCUACCAGCUCCUCACUAACAAGCUCAAUUCCCGAUUCGGAAAAAUUAGAAGAAUCUCCCCUAACUGUGAAGAGUGACAUGGCUACUAUUGUCAAGGUGAUGCAGCUACCAGACUCAGGCCUUGAAAUUCGGGACAGGAUGUGGUUGAAAAUUACCAUCUCCAAUGCAGUGAUAGGAGCAGAUGUGGUUGACUGGCUUUACACACACGUGGAAGGCUUCAAAGACCGACGGGAGGCACGAAAAUAUGCCAGCAGCAUGUUAAAACAUGGCUACCUCAGGCACACUGUGAACAAAAUCACCUUCUCAGAACAGUGCUAUUACGUCUUUGGAGACCUCUGUGGCAAUAUGGCUGCACUGAACCUUAACAAUGGUUCCAGCGGAGCCUCGGAUCAGGAUACCCUUGCUCCACUUCCACAUCCCGCUGCUCCCUGGCCAUUAGGCCAAGGAUACCCCUAUCAGUAUCCUCUGCCCCCUCCGUGUUUUCCACCAGCGUACCAAGACCCAGGCUUUAGCUAUGGUAGCGGCAGCGCAGGGAGCCAGCAAAGUGAAGCAUUAGACUGAAGGAUUCAUAGAGGAAUGGCUGACUCUAGGGGAUUGGAAGCAAAAGCAGCGGCUCGAACCGAAGCACCAGCGAGACCAGCAGGAGGGCUCUUGGCAGGGAGAAGGACCGCAAGUCCAACGGCAGCGGCAGCGAGUCCGACCACACCGCGCGCAGCGGCGCCAGCGGCGUGCGGCGGGAGCGGCCCCUCAGCCAGCUCAGCCACCGCAGCCACGGCUCUGCCACCCACAGCGAGAGAAGCCACCACAGCCACCACUCGUACGGGCCUCCAGGAGUGCCACCCCUCUACAAUCUCCCCAAGCUGGGCUCCAAAGUCUACGGGACGAGCGGUCCCCCCGGAGGGCCCCCCGUGAGGGAACUGAGCUCCGUGCCUCCAGAGCUGACGGGGAGCCGGCAGUCCUUCCAGAAGGCUAUGGGCAACCCUUGUGAAUUCUUUGUUGACAUCAUGUGAGAGGAAGUGCCUUCAGACUCUGCUUGGGGAAGGGCUUGGUUGGGGCGGGGCGGGGGGGGGAUUGUUUUGGGGCUGGGUGGGCAAUCUGGUCAUUGUCGAACACUUUGAUGGAAGAACCUUGGCUGUCUUGCAUGUCACACCUUCCUGGGUUGCAGUUGUGUUGCAGAAAAAUCAACAAAGCAAAAAACCACACAAAAUCCCCACCAAAAUGAACAACAGCAACAAAAAUAUCUCCUGGGAUUGUUAAGUAUCAGCAACUCGAUGGCAUCUGUUCUUCAUCCUGGGUUUGUUUCCCCCCCCUCUUGUUUUUGGUUGUGAAUGGCUGGUGUAUAUUCACAUCUUAAUGAGCUUUGGUAAUUGUGGCACCUACUUCAAUGCAAUUAGUGUAUCUUUUGGGCUGAUUCAAGGACUGUUCUUUCACAUGACUUCUAAAUUUCCAGUAAUGCAUAGGAGCACUUUUAUUUUUCCCUGCUUUUUCCUCUUACAAGGCAAAAACUGACCGCUGGCUGGUAUCUGUGAUACUGCCUUGUCAUGCUCUUUCUUGGAUGCACAUCAGCACUCUACGCAGCCGUGGCGCCCACAAGACAACACGUGCUUGGAAAGGAGCAGGCUCAAACCAAUUCCUAGCAGAAGGCAGAGUUGUGGCUACCUUCUUCUGCUGACUAGGGAGUAUAAAUCGAUCUAUCUUUCUUUUUCUUUGGGGUUUUCUUUUAGAUAUCCUAUCAAGGGAGUGCUGGAGUCUUGCUACUGUAUGUGUUCAUUGUGCAGAACUUGUAAAGUUAUUUCAUUUAGUAUCCUGCUAGUGACUUUGUAGCUGCAGUCUGGGCAUUUCAGUCACAUCCCUGCUGACAGAUGUGGCUGUUUCUUCUGGUUAUAUUAUGCACUUGCUUACAGGUUGUAAAAGUUGUUUCCACACCAAUAGGACAAUUGCUGCUACACGAUUCUCAGUGUAGCUGCAGCUUUUCCCUUUUGAAGGCAGAUAUUUAUCCCACUCUAGCAGAGACGUAGGUAAAUCCUGGCUCCCACUGGGACAUGGCUAUUCAUUUUGAUCACCUCUUUUUCUCUUCUUCAUUUCUGAGCAGUAUCUUUCUCGUUUGACAUAGAAACCUGGAGAUGUCUAAUCCCAAUGGCAGUGUUACCCAAGGGAUGGGGGCUAGCUGUUAGCAGCAAGGUGAGAGGGUGUUUUGAGAACAGUUCAUAAAUGGUACCAUGAAUGAAUCUUUAUACCUGACACAGAGUGAGCCCCAUGCUAAAGCUCCUGCUGGGGAGCUUUGGCUUAAGCAGCUGCUGCUGUGUAUCCCCAUUACUUUAUUUUUCACUCUAUGGCUAUGGACGCUUGAUAAAGGAUGUUGAGGAACCUUCACUGGUGCUUAAGAAGCCUUUUUAAAGUAUCUGGAUGAGGGCAUGGUGAGAGCACACCCACACUCUGUUCAGUGGCUCAUCUAAUGGGAAAUAUGUGUUAAGCUGCAGUCACUAAGUGGCAUUUGACCAUGGGGCCAUGCCUCAGUUAAAUCCUCUUUUGUGAGAUACCUGCUUCUGGCAGGUUUUAGGACAGGUGCUUUUAAAUCAGUCUUUACUGUAUAUAAGCCUUUUCUUCACUGGUAAGAAGCUUCUUUUUGUUCUAUUCCAUGCUUUAUGGGUAGUGUGAGUAUCCGAGAUGAAUGUCAAAAGAGAACAUGUCUCUCUCGCUAUAUACAUGGAGUUUCAUGUUCCUUUUUCACCCUGAAAAAUUACUCUUCCAACUGUCCAUGUUGUAUGUUGUCAGAUUUUUCACUCCUCCUUUUCUUCUUACAGGUCUGUGUGUAAACACAUCCCUUUUACAGAAGUCAGAGUAACAGUUUCAGGUGUCUGUGUUAACUGGAGGCUGAUGUCUGACUUCCAAAGGGAUCCAGGCAUUUAGGAAGCUGUGUCACUCAGGCUGGGUGCUUCAGUUACUUCUAAACUAGCUGAGUGCUUUUGGGGCAGUUUGCUUUACAAAAGCUACAUCGUGUUUCUGAAAAUGGUGCUAACACAGAUUGCAGAGGUGGUGAUGGCUUAUUCAAAAGAGUGACACUACCCAAAACUUGACUGGGCAACAGGAUCCUUCUUUUCCUUUCCUCCUCCCAGUAACACAGCGAAGACGCUGACUAAACUCAGUAAGUUAUUUUGACAGAUUGACACUUAAAGCAAUGAAAUAAAUCAGGGUAAAAGAGUUCUGUAAUUUGCUGUGUCUCCAGGAGACACUGUUAAGGAGUCUGUGACUUUACUGACAAUCACUUGUGGUUCUACUCUUAAAUGAAUUUAAACUUCUCUCAUCUCUUCUAUAUUAAGAUGUUUCUGGCCCACUUUGUCUUCAGGCAGAACUUCCAGGGCUGGAGGAAAAGUGUCAUUUUAAUAAGAUAUUUCCAGCAGGGAUUAAAGCUGGGGGCUGAGCUUUCACCCAUGAAGAAACAUUUAAUUUCCUUAUGUCCUUGCAAGAGUUUACACACCUCCUGGGGUUUUAUUUGUCUUCUUGUUGUUAUGCUGUUGGCAGAAACUGUUCUGUGUCUUGCUGGUCUUUGCUGCUACGUUGAAACGACUGUGUUAUAUACUUGUGUGUUUGUGGGUAACUCUGGGAUGAGGCUGGCAGUCCCUAACAUAGGGGUGGGAAAGCUGAGGACAUCAGGCUGCUAUAUCCAGCCUGAAAUAGCUUCACCCACAAACAGGAAUCCAUUUCAGGCAAAUACUGAGUGCUCUGAAUGUACUGACAGAUGUGCUGGUUGGGUAAUACUGUGUAGUGUGUAGAACCUGCCAUUUACAGAGAGCAGUAGGAGAAUGUAAAUGACCCUCCUGUGAACAGUGCAAUACAUAAUGGCCACUGUGUGUUAAAACAAAAGCUUGAUUCCCCUGCCCUGUAGUGUACAGUGGAGAGGCUGGUUUGAGUGAAUGGAAGGUGAGGCCUGAACCAUUGCUAGCUCUUAAUGUUCAGAAGUGAACGGAGACAGGAGAUAUCCCAAAUCCCACCCUUGGCUUUCAAUGCAUGUGCAUGUGUCUUUGCAACAAGGGGGCUUAACUGUGCGAGUUUCUCCUAUUGGGUACAGUACUACCUGUAGAAAAAAGUGCCACUGAUGCCCACGAACUACUCACAAUAGGAAGUACUGAGCCAGGUGGAAGGAAGUUUGAGGGCUGGACUCCUGCAGAACCGUCUGUUUCUCUCACCAGGACCUAAAACUUUGCUCUGCUUUUGGUGUCAAGUAACUGGCACUGGCUGGGCUCUAGAGUUUAUGACCUGUGCCUCUAACUACAGUGAGGAGUUGUGGGUCUGCUGUACAGGGCACUGAAACAGCCUCAAAACAGGAGCCUUAAAUAGUUGCCAUUCUUAUUCUGGAAGUGAGACCCUCAACAUCUGCCUGUGCUCUGCAUGUGUUGAUGCCAAUAACUUUUCACAAGGACUAACAGGUAUGUUUGGAAGAUUAUAGAAGAUGAUGAGAAAACAGUUUGGGAUGAUGUCUCCUGUCCAAAGGAGGUAGUACUAUAAGGGUAGUUGUACCCACCCAGUAUAUUAACUCUGAGGAGUAAGUUGUUUUGGCAAAUAGUCUUAAAAGCACUGCUAUUGUCUUUUACCUCCUGUUAAUAAACCUACUUCUCCAAGGUAAGAAUCCCCUGGACACUUUAUCCAAAGGUCUAUCGGAUGGCAAGCAAUGAUGCACAGACAUUGACUUUUGCUGUUCUUUUUGUUCUAUUGAAAUGAGCAGUCCCACCUGGAGACUUGACAGCUCAUGAGUUGAUGUAAUUGUUUUUGGUUUGCAUUUAACUGGAUUGUAAUAAGAUUGACUUAAAAUUAUUAAUUCUAAUCAGUGAUUAGAAAUACAUGUAAAGAAUUUUCUGUACAGUAGAGGAACAAAGUUACCUGAUUUUAAAUAAUGAAAACCCAGACUAUCACCUAUUCUAGAAUUGGUUCUACUCAAAGAGUGACCUCUUAUUAGCAUGGACUGCACUGUUCCUGUUAAAUGUCUAUUGCAUAAUUGAAUUCUUUUUUGUAGAUAUUGUAUUAAAACCCAAGUGUCUGUAUAGUUAAUAUAUAGCUGCUUAUGUGUAAAUGCUAUUUUAAACACUAAAAAGCUUUUAAUUUUAUGUGAUAA